AUGUGGUCUGUUGGGGCCUUCAACUCAAUAACCAUAACACCACCGUCUGCCUCUUUCGCUGUGAACAAAGCACCCAUAAAUACACCCACUUCACUCCACCUUCACUAUUUCUCUAGGCCUCUCCGUCCUCUUCCCAGCUUCUCUCUUUCAAAUCACUCGUCUUUUGGACCUCAGCUCUCUUAUAAGAGGACUGUCUCUUUUCGUUGUUCUGCUGCAUUAACUCCGGAGCUGAAGAAUACGCUGGACAAAGUUGUUACCUCACACAAAGUGGUUCUUUUUAUGAAGGGAACAAGGGAUUUUCCACAAUGUGGAUUUUCAAACACUGUCGUACAAAUAUUGAAGUCCUUGAAUGUACCCUUUGAAACAAUAAACAUACUAGAAAAUGAACUAUUGCGCCAGGGAUUGAAGGAGUAUUCCAGUUGGCCAACAUUUCCUCAACUUUAUGUUGAAGGAGAAUUUUUCGGUGGCUGUGACAUCACUGUCGGAACUACUGGAGAAGGCAAUGUGCUCCUGAGCUUUGCGGAUUAUGGUAAAAGUGUGGUCUUCGACUUGGAUGGUGAUAAUUAG